UUGUAGGAAAAAAAUCAAGAAAAAAUAAAGUUCGAUAAAAAAGAAAGGAGAUUUGAGCAGCGCUGUGCACGAGGCGUGAGUGUUUGUUUUUGCGUUGUCUUGUUUUACAGCUGCGCGCGCAUGUUGCCUCACAACGUUGUUUGAGUGUGGUGCAGACAUACAGCUGUGCGUGGGGAUGUUCUGUUCACCUGCUGAUUGAUGAUCAAUUCUAGGGUUAGGGUUUUUUUAAUUAUCUUCUAAUUUCAAUGGCAGAUUGGCAACACCUUCUCCAAUCAAUCUUCAUAGGUCUUCUCUUCUCAUACCUCCUCGCCAAACUCAUUUCCAUCGUUGUUUCUUUCCAAAACGACAAUCUCCGUAUCACCCGAAACCCAAAACCCCAAUUGAACGAACCCGCCCCCGCCCCCGCCCCCGCCCCCCCCGCAGUCCAUCAUUACCAGCACUCUCAUGGUGACGUAGAUUCGGUGGUUGCAGAACAAGGCAGUGUCCGAAACGAGAGCGUAUCAGGGAGUGAUGGUGAUGGUGGUGGUGGUGGUGGUGAUGAUGAUGAUGAUGAUUGGGAAGGUGUGGAGAGUACGGAAUUGGAUGAAAUGUUUAGUGCAGCUACGGCAUUCGUGGCUGCAGCUGCGGCGGAUCGGGUUUCGUUGAAGGUAUCGAGUGAUUUGCAGUUGCAGCUUUAUGGGUAUUAUAAGAUUGCUACUGAAGGUCCUUGUACUAGCGCGCCUCCUUCUGCUCUCAAAAUGACUGCCCGUGCCAAAUGGCAAGCAUGGCAGAAAUUGGGUGCUAUGCCACCAGAAGAUGCUAUGCAGAAGUACAUUGAUAUUAUUACAGAGCUGUAUCCUACCUGGGCUUCUGGUUCAGCUAUGAGCAAAGACAGAGAUGGUGUUGGACCGAGCAAGGAUGGCAAAGGACCAAUGGGACCGGUUUUCAGCACUUUUGUCUAUGAGGAGGAAUCAGGAACAGAGUUGAAAAUGGAUGCCAUUCAUGCGUUUGCCAGAGAAGGAGAAGUGAAUAAUUUGAUCAAAUGCAUUGAUGGUGGUGUUUCUGUGAACUUGAAAGAUAGUGAGGGUCGGACUCCUUUGCAUUGGGCGGUAGAUCGUGGUCAUCUUAAUAUUGCCGAGGUGCUUGUUGGAAAGAAUGCAGACAUAAAUGCAAAGGAUAAUGAAGGCCAAACCCCGUUGCAUUAUGCUGCUGUCUGUGAGAGAGAAGCAAUUGCUGAAUAUCUUGUGAAGCAAAAUGCAGAUACAGAUGCGAAGGACAACGAUGGGCAGUCUGCCCAUGAUCUCUGUGAGUCAGAUUGGUCUUGCCUUCAAUGCCCCGCGGCAUAGACUGACCGGCUGCCUGUUUAUUUCAUGGUUUGUCCCCAUUAGUCUUCUUGACAAAUUCCCCGCAGAUGUAUAUGACUACAUACAACCUUUGAACUUUGUUCAUCUUAGCAACAAAUUUACUGAUGACAUCACGUUCUCUGCCAUGGCCCCUCAUGUUUACUUUUCUCUUCCCUUCACGUAGUUUAUGUAAAAAACAUGAAGGUUGAGUUUA